ACGUUAUAUUAAUUAUCUUCAAACAUUAAUAUGUACAUAUAUCUAUUUUCCAGACAUGCUAUACAUUGGAAUGCAUGAUUUAUUAUUUUGUUCAUAUAAUCUAAUAAUUUGUUUAUAACAUAAUAUCGUAGAAAUUUAAUUUUUUGUUCAUAUAAUUCGCAUUUUCUUGAUAGUAAACAAAAAAAAUUCGACCCCCCCGAACCUCAAAUCCUAGCUCCGCCCCUGAAAGUAUGCACUACAAUUGUAUCCAUAAGCAGUGUCUCACGAAAGGGAAGAGCGGUGCAAAUCUAGCUCAUCUUGUCAUUUGAGAUUAGCCAAUUUUUCUCACGGCUAACUGUAACACUCAAGUAAUCUCAUACUUCCAACCAAAGUGGCAAUUUGAGGACUAUUUCAACUUAUUGGACAUUAAUCUUUGCUCAUGUGAUUGAGUGAUUCUAUGAACUAUGAACUUGUCUUUAGUUGCAAAUGGGGUUUGAAAGGCAUGAUUUAUUUUUAUUAUUAGAAGAAAUGCAUACUUCGAUAUAACUUUAUGCAAUAUAACUUUAUGCAAAUUCAUGGCAGGUUUUUUAAUGACUUUAACCAAAAGUCUAAUCUUUAUCGCUACUACUAGUUGUACACACUGCCGUUAAAAGCAUUAUUCUAUGUAGAAGUGUUUUGGUGACAUAGAAGCAUAAAAGUGUAUGAUUGUAAGAUUUAAAGCGCGAUUUUGACUAUAUUAGUAAGGGAAAAACGCGAGUCUGCAUAUAAGCGCUUUGUUGACCUAAAAGCGUUAACGUAAGCUUUUAAACUUUUAAGCGCUAUUUUAACUACAUAGUGUAAUGUAACGAUUGACGGUAAGCCACAUUGUAAGCUUGCAUUUCCAUAAAUAAGGGGCAAAAUGUCUGAUUGCAUGGUUAAAAGAGUAUGAGAUUACCAUUAACCACCAAAUUGCACCUUUCCAAUUGGUUCAAAAUGUUAAUUAAGCUGAAAAGACCCAUUAACUGCUAUGCGGGCUGAUUAGGAUGAAAGCCCAUCAAGUCACCAAAUUGAUGGGCCAAGCUCCGGGUAACAUGCCCCGGGUUCGUUGCUUGCUCCGUUGUCGAAUUGCCCGAAAUUUGUGUUCACCGCCUGGGCCUGGACUUCCUUGUUACGUGAAAAUCAGACAGUUGGGUCCCUUUACUGAUGCUGACGAGUUGACUAAAAAUAAAAUGACCAAUUUAAUAGGAAACAUUAUUUGGUGGUCAGUUUGUCACAUCGCCAUUGUAUUAGGGAUCAUUAUAGCACUUUUACCGUUCCAACUUCCACGCCGUGGGUGAGGUCGCAGUCGCGCUUGUUAAUCCGGCCUCGAGCGUACAAAACGCAUAGGAAAGCGACAAAAAACGGCAGCUUCAACAAACAAUCCUUAUCUCGCACGCUUCCCGACGUCCAAUUUCCACUUUAAAGGAAGAUUACAGUACUCCGAGUCUCAGAGGUUCAACUAACCAUUUCUUCCCAAAUCCAUACAUUCCUUCCUUCUGAAAGAAUCGGCACGAAAUGGAGCCCGCAGAUUCAAUCCUGGUCGCCGGCGACCCGAACGGAAUAGUCACGAUCACGAUCAACCGCCCUAAAUCGCUGAAUUCGCUCACCCGGGCCAUGCUGGUCCGCCUCGCAAGGGAGUUCAGCGCCCUCGGCCGCGAUGAAUCCACCAAGGUCAUCAUCCUGACCGGGUCGGGCCGGGCGUUCUGCUCGGGCAUCGAUCUGACGGCGGCGGAGGACGUCUUCAAGGGCGACGUGAAGGACGUGGAGACCGACCUGGUCGCGCAGAUGGAGCGGUGCCGGAAGCCGAUCAUCGGGGCGGUCAACGGGUUCGCCGUCACCGGCGGGUUCGAGAUCGCGCUCGCUUGCGAUAUCUUGGUCGCUUCCAAAGGAGCUAUGUUCAUGGAUACUCACGCCAGGUUUGGGAUAUUUCCUUCGUGGGGUCUUUCCCAGAAGCUGUCGCGGCUAGCAGGGGCGAACAGAGCUCGUGAAGCAUCGCUGACCGCAAUGCCAAUCACGGCGGAGCAGGCGGAGAAAUGGGGGCUGGUCACCCACGUCGUGGAAGAAGGCGAAGCAUUGAGGAAAGCCCGGCAAAUCGCAGAAGCCAUCCUUAAGAACAAUCAGGACUUGGUGUUGAGGUACAAAGCCGUGAUCAACGACGGGCUGAAGCUGGACCUAGGCUCUGCUCUCUCUCUCGAGAAGGAAAGGGCGCACAGCUACUACGACGGGAUGACGAAGGAGCAAUUCAAGAAGAUGCAAGAGUUCAUCGCUGCCCGCGGCUCGAAGAAGGGUUCUUCCAAGUUAUAGUACUUCGAUUCAAUUCAGCAUCCGCAUUGUGGAAUAAGAGAUGGGGGGAAAUUGGAAAUGCAGUUCUUUUUAUGGAGAAAUGAUUAAUAAGUUGGUAUUUAGAAUCCAGUUCUGAUUUUUGUUCUUUAGCGAGCGCAAAAUCAUAAGGCUGAUGGAGAGUUUCUCUGCGUGGUUGGUUUAUCUAAUGGAGUUGAUGAGAGUUUCUCUACUUAGUUUAUCUGAUGGAGUUCUUGGGCGAUGUCUCGGUUAGAGCAUCUCCAACGGGAUUGCACAUUGCAAUUGCACUUUGAUGUGGCAGAGAGAUGCAAUUGCUUUUUUCCAUUGCACCGUUGGAAGUUGUGAUUGCAAAAAUGGUAUCUUUCAUUUGUUGCAAUUCCCCAUUGCAAGCCACGCUGGAAAUGCAUAACAUUUUUUUUUAUCUCUUUUAGUUCACACUGCCAACGUGUGACUUUGUUUGGCAUAGUCCUAAUUUUUAUUGAAAAUUUUUGGAUAAUUUUUGUGAACAAUGUGUGUAAAUUAGUUUAUUACUAUACCAAUGGGAGUAAAUAGCAUCGUAUAAUAAUUUUAUUAACUAUAAUAAAAAAUACAUAAUAUUAUAAAUAGAAAAAGUUAUUUUUUAUAACUUUAAUUUCAUAUAUACAAAUAACGAAGUUAUUAUAUUGCUUUUUUGAAAAUAUUAACUUAUUAUUUUAUUUAAUGUUCAUUGUCAUAGUACACUCCAAAUUUAAAAUGCAUAAAAAUUAAACUACAAAAUAUAAUAAGAAAUGCUAUAUCCAAACAAAACAAAUAUCAAAAUAAUGAAUAUAUAUCACUUGUCUUCUAGUAGUUGGUUAAUUUUCCUUUCAUAUAAUCUCCUUUGUGCUACAGUCUUCGUUGAUAAAUCCAAUUUCAUUUAAAAUUUUAGAUAUAAGGUUUGAAUUUAUUUUUGUGUCCUAUUUGAAUAUUUUGCUAGUAAUAAAAAAAAUUAUUGAGUAGUAGAUUCUUUAUAUUCCAUUAUCAAGACAAAAAAUUUCUACAUAAAUUAGUAAUAAAAAAUUUAUGCAUUAAUUGUAUAUAUUUUUUUAAAUUAAAUUAAAAUUUUAUUUUAUUUACUUGCCACGUGGAUAAAAAGGUAUUUAAAAAUGUUUUUUUUAUGCAUGACAAAAAAAAGUUAGGCUUCAUAUGCAAUUGCAAGUGAAUUGCACCAAUGUAGGUACAAUGAAAGUCAAAUGAGUUGGCUUGCAAAAAUAGUGUUGUGUAAAAAAAAUUAAAAAUUAAAUUACAAAUGCAAUUGCACCCAUGGAGAUGCUCUUAGGCGAUUGAGUUAUCGUUCAUGUGGGUGUGGUUGGUUUUAAUAGAGUUGACAAUUUUCA